AUCUUUAUACGUUUGUCUUACAAGCGACUUGACAAGUGGAAUUUAAAUUUCAACUAUCCUUACAUAAAACAAACAUUUAUUUUUUAUUCAAGUAUUCUUAAUACAAAAUUGUGCCAAAAAAUUUACUUGCACAUACAAGCUGAUUGAUUUUGUUCUUGUACGUUCUUGUAACGAAAAUUCUGACACAGUGUAUUUAACAAUUUCGACUUCGCUUGUUUAACCUUAUUAUAUGUACGAUCAAAUAACAUUCGAAUCGUCGAAGUUAUUGAAAAUUAUUUGAAGAAGAAUGUGCGACAAAAUAUUUCCGGCAAAAUCGGAACAAGAUCAAUCAAUUAAGGAUUAUUUUCAUUUUAUUACACAAAUUUCCCGCAUACGUGUUGCCCUCAAUUAUGUAUUCGAAGGCCAAUUUGUAUUACGGUUUUUCCGAAGAUAUUCACCCGAUGAAAAGAAUAAUCACAGCUUCUGAAUUUUUCAAAAGAGAAAAGCCUCAACCGCGUAAAGAAUUUAUCAUUCGAAAUCCUUAUUCGGAAGACGAAGCUGUAAAUCGUCAUCUUCAAAGCGACCCACCGAGUUUCAUUAUUUUUGGAAAACCAGGAUUAAUUCACAACGACGUGGCGUCAGCAAUAGCCGACGCUUGGAAUUGUGUUCCAAUUUUGCCCGUGUCAUUGAUUCACCGCGAGAUCGGCGUCGGUACCGAAAAAGGUCGUGAUAUAGAAAGAAUUCUGCGACUUGGUAGAUCAUUGGAACCCGAAGUUGUUAUGGAUUUGAUACGAUGCAGGAUCAAGAUGAGAGACAUCAAACACAGAGGCUUCGUCGUUGAUUGUUUGCCAUUUGUUCCCAAUGUGAACUUUGAUUAUUCAUUGUGUUUGACUUUUGAUUCAAAUGCGCGUCAUACUUGUCCAGAAUUUUGCGAAAAUGCGACGCAAUCCGAAACCCUGGAAAACCAGAACACAUCCGGUAUUUCGAGCUGUAAACGACAAUUUGAUUACGAUCGAGAGAUCCCUCGACAGAUCGACGAAAUAUUCACCGCGUGGCCGUUGAAGCCUUUGAUUAUCAUUUACCUGAUGUGUCCAAAGCGCGAUGUUGCGAGCAAACGUGCGCGCCGACGCGUGGACGUUUUAACGGGUAAUGUGUUUGACGAGGACGAAGUUACAACGCGGUUUAAUGAGGAAUUCGAACACGACGGGUCGCAAAUUAUCGACGAACGAUUAAACGUGAGAAACGAUAGGAGAUUAGUGAGACAGAUAUCUGAUAUGAAGCGCAAUAUUGAAGCACAGUGUGAUUUAUACGAGCGAUUAGCGUUACCUGUGAUCGACAAGUGGAUUCUCGCGCACGAUCCUCAAUGUGUUAUUCGCGUCGACGGUCGCGAUUCCGCGCAGCGAAUACUUCAGAAUCUGAAAGCGCGUUUGCACAGUCUUGCGGUGCAACCAUCGAUUGUUCCAAAGAAAAUGAUUAACCAGAACGACGCGAAUUUUCUCUCUGAAACAUCUCCGGGGACGAGUUUCAACAACGAGCUUACGGAAAAGUCCAUCGAAGAAGUCCUCGAGAUUUUAAAGCAAAGAGACGUUGUAUCGUCGAAAUUUCCCUGGAGACUUUCCGCGUGGAAGUUUUACUGUCCCGUGGAACUAGCUCAAGGACGAAGCGUUAAGGGGAAACACGCGAUACGAUUUCUGAGUAGAAUCUACUUUCUUUCUUCUCGAGAAACUGAGAAUUUGUUCGUCGAGAAUCCGAGGUUGUUUUUGUCGCCGCCGAAUCCGCGACCGGUCUGCAAAAUCGCGGUGUUCGGGCCUAAGUAUGCCGGUAAAUCGGAACUUUGCGCGCGGCUGGCGGAAGUGUUCGGUGGAACGGUAAUAAGUGUAAGUGAGAUUGUGAAACACGUAACUGAACAGCGCGAAGAUGUUUCCAUUCGAAAGGCUGACGCUAUUAUACGGCGCAUCCAAGAAGUACCCGACGAGGAGUUGGAAGAUGAACUACGAAGAGAUGGCGGAUACGUUGUAGACGGUAUGUGCACGGACGCCGAAGUCUGGCGAAAAGUUGUCGAAGCUAAUAUUGCGUUCGAAGACGUCGUUCUCUUGCACGAAGACGAGCCGUACACUUACCUGCUGAAUAAAUUCCGCACUUUCUCUUAUUUUCGCGAUUUCGCACAAGAAGCGGAAUACGAAGAUCACGGAACAUCAUACCAGGAUGCGGAAUGGGAGUACUUCGAGCACUUGACACAAUUUGAAUCGGAGUGGACGAGAUUCGAGGAGCAAGUUCCUGAGCUUAGAACAAUUGCCAUAAAAUGUAAUCUCUUAGAUAUCAAAGACGUGGCGGAAUACGCGAUAAAUUAUAUUAAACGUCGCUUUGGCAUCGAAACUUCUAUUGAUAUUGAAAAGAAGGAAGAAGAGAAAAUCCUGGAAGAAAAUGAAGCACAUGAAGUCGAUAAAAACGCUGAAAAAGGAGAAAAAAAAGCAUAUCCCGCGUAUAUCGAUUUUGAAACAGCCGAACGUCUUCUCGAUUGCGGCUACUAUUUUCUCAGUCCCUUCGGUCGAUGGUGUCCGGUGCAAAUAUACACGGGCAAGAUAAACAUUCAGAUGUUUCUACCUAUGAAAGCUCGUGGCCAGAUUUUUCCGGUUGUGUGCCCGCCGUAUAUCUAUUUUCUCGCCGGCGAAGAAGCGCUCUCCGCGUUUCUUAACGAUCCGUCCAAGUAUCUUGAGCGGAUUUUCCGUCCGGCGCUUCUUCCGCUUCGAAUUUCCAUUAUCGGGCCACCUAAGUGCGGGAAAACCACACUGGCGAAUCGUUUCGCGAAAACGUACGGCAUGAAAGUAAUUACUCGCGGAAAGGCGUUGCGCCAUAUGUUGAAAUCCUAUUCCUGGACCGAAUCGGCACGAACGGCCGAAGAUCACCUUCGCGCGGGUCGGAUUGCUCCGAUCGAGUCUGUGACACGCGCCAUUGAAAUGAUCUCUUUAGGAUCAUCGCGUUCAAUAACCCAGGGUUUCGUUCUAGACGGUUGUCCCUCGAAUCGCAGAGAAGCCGAGCAACUGAUUGUUUUGGGAAUACAACCGAUGAUCGUGAUCGAUCUUCAAGCGAAUUUGGAGUUCUGUCUUCAAUGCCUCUCUCGGAACAACAACGAUUCAAAGAGACCGCUGAACUUUUCCGCUAGCUUUCUGUCGCAGUGUUACGCGAAAUGGCAAACAGACCAGACGAGUUUCCGGGACUGGCUGAAAAGAUUCUCGCGAAACGUGGUCCAGCUGGAUGCCACCAGAAGCAAGUGGCAUGUAUGGACCCGCGCUGAUCAAGCGGUGCGAUCCCGGUUUGCCGACAUUGCGCUCUACUCUCGCGAAGCGAACCUGGACAAGGUCCACAGCUUGAAACACAUGUGUGUAUCGCCCUACGAAUUCAGAUCGCGGCAAAGUAAGUACGAAUUGUACUGUCCCCUGUGUCUGUUUCACGAUGACAUCCUGAAGACUUCCGGUCGGCUGGUGGAUAGUCAGGGAAUGGUCCAGUUCAGAGAAUAUUUUUAUUGGAUCUGCCCGCGACAUAUAAACGUUUUCGUUGAAAACCCGUUGCUGCAUCUUCCACCGGUUAACACCGCGUUCCUUCCCGACGAGCGACCUCGGAAACUUGAAGAGAUAGUCGACGUGGAACACGCUUGCUGGGCGCGACGACUUCGAGGCGGUGGAUUCUGUCUGGUGACUUACGUCGACAGUCUGCCGGAUCGCACGUUGACGAAAGGCAGGCCCGAUUUGGGUGUCAUCCUCGAGGAUGGAGUGUAUCUCUUUUGCAGCGAGGAAUGUCGCGAGAAGUUUCUCGCGCGGCACAGCAAAUAUUCCGAAGCAGAUGUCGAACUUCCUCGCGAAGUUCUCGAAGUGCGUUCUCUGCCGGACGUCGAGUUUUUGAAGCAAACGGUGACAAAAGCUCUGAUCAAAGCUGUGAAUCACGUAGCCGCUCGUCGUCCGAAAUUAGUCGGUUUAUCAGCUGCUGUUAGCGCAGCAAUUUACAUUGGCGUUUACUUGAAGAUGCACAACGCCGAAGCAAAUCCGGUCGAAGUGAAUCUUUACGAGGCCGCGAGCAAGCGAAUGGCGAAACAGAACAGAAUCAUAGAGAUCGUCACCGACACCAUGAAGAAGAAACCGAAUUCUCACGUGCAGGCUUUACCAAACUAUUCCGUUUAAACAUUUGUAUUUUAAGUCACUCGUCACGUCGCGUUCCGGUGCCCGACGCGAGGUUCGACUAUCUCUGCGACUAUUUU